GAAGGGAAAGUGGUCUCAGUGAGUCAAAGCUUCUGCGACAGUAACUGAAAAACUCCGAGGUCCAGAGUCCAGCAUUUAAUUUUUAUUUUUAUUUUUAUUUGUGAACGAGGAAUGGAUUUGCUGUCGACUUGCAGGAGCCAGUUGGCUUACUUCCGAAUUAAAGAGCUCAAGGAUGUUCUUACCCAGCUUGGUAUUUCAAAACAAGGGAAGAAGCAGGAUUUGAUGGACAGAAUAUUAGGCUUGAUUUCAGAUGAAGAAGUUUCUAGCACACAUGGGUCAGCAAAGAAAAAAAUUAUUGGGAAGGAAGGAGUAGCAAAAUUAAUUGAUGAUGCUUACAGAAAAAUGCAGAUAGCUGAUGAGUCUGAUUUAGCAACAAGGAGACAGACUUCUUCUUUAGAUAUUUGUAAUGUGAAGCAUAAAGUGGAAGCUGAAGAUUUUUCAUAUUCGGCUGUGAAGAUUUGCUGUCCUUGUGGAAGUUCAUUGCAUAGUGACCCCAUGAUACAGUGCAUUGACCCAGGAUGUCGAGUUCAGCAGCAUGUUAGCUGUGUUAUUAUUCCAGAGAAGCCUAUGGAAGUCAUUCCAUCAGUUCCAGCUAUAUUUCAUUGUGAAAUGUGUCGCAUCAGUCGUGCAGAUCCCUUUUGUGUCACUGUGGCGCAUUUGAUAUCCCCUGUGAAGUUAAUAGCUGCAAAUAUUCCAUCUGAUGGGACAAAUCCCCUACUGAACGUGGAAAAAACAUUUCACCUGACAAAGGCAGAUAGUGAUUCAUUACAGAACACUGAAUAUGAUAUUCAGGCUUGGUGUGUUCUUCUCAAUGAUAAUGUUUCAUUUAGGAUGCAAUGGCCACAAUAUGCUGAUUUACAUGUUAAUGGUUUUGCAGUAAGAACUCUUAACAGACCUGGUUCACAGUUGUUAGGUGCUAAUGGUCGCGAUGAUGGUGCACUGAUCACAUUAUAUGUUGUGGAGGGCAUUAAUAAAAUUUCUUUAUCGGCAUGUGAUGCUCGCUCUUUCUGUUUUGGAGUCAGACUUGUGAAGCGUCAUACAAUAGAACAGGUUCUCGGUUUGAUUCCUAAAGAAGCAGAUGGUGAAUCCUUCAAAGAUGCACUUGCCCGUGUUUGUCGUUGCGUCGGUGGUGGGAUGCGCACUGCAAAUGAAGAUAGUGAUAGUGAUUUAGAAGUCAUUGCAGAUACAAUUACAGUUAACCUUCGCUGUCCUAUGAGUGGCUCCAGAAUAAAGGUCGCUGGCAGAUUUAAACCAUGUGUUCACAUGGGAUGUUUUGAUCUUGAAACUUUUGUGGAGCUUAAUCAGCGCUCAAGGAAGUGGCAGUGUCCCAUCUGUCUCAAGAACUAUUCCCUAGAAGAUAUCAUUAUUGAUCCAUAUUUCAAUCGAAUCACAACUAUGAUGCUGCACUGUGGAGAAGAUGUAACUGACAUUGAGGUGAAGCCUGAUGGUUCUUGGACCGUUAAGACCAAAGAUGAGCUUAGUGAUCUUGGAAAAUGGCAUUUCCCUGACGGUUCACUUCAUGGAGAUAUGAAUGAAGUCAUAUCCAACUCAGAGACCUGGAGGCAGAUCAAUAAGCAUGAAAAGUCAGGAAAUCCUAAUCUUGAAAAUGGGACAGAAGGAGGGAAAAUAGAAGCAAGUGAACACCAGCAUCUCCCCUUGCGAAAUCCAAAAGAGGAAGAUUUAGAAAACUUUUGUCAGAUGGUCAUAACAUUGAGCAGUAGUGCCAGUGGAAGCGGUAGAGAUGAUGAAAACCCAAGUAUUAAUCAGGAUUAUGGUAGAUAUGAUUCUAUCCCUGGCAUGAAUGGAAAUGAGAUCAAUUCUAUUCGUCACAAUUUUAAUUCAAUUCUUAGUACUGAAAAUCAAAGUUAUGGAGCAAUAGGGGAGCCAGACAUCAUUAUUGUCAGUGAUUCAGAAGAAGAGGAUGUCAAUUUGGUUUCUUGUCAUACAGAUUACAAAUCUUGUGUCCUGAAUGAUUGUGGGGCUUUGUCUGCCCCCCCAAGAAUCGAACAAUCAUAUCUGGAAAACCCUGUUCCUGAUUCUGGUAUAAGUUCUUGUUUGGAUCUCUUCAAUGACAGUGGAAAAGAUGUUGGAAUGUCUGACUGGGCAUAUUCUUCUGGUACCCAAGCAAGUUCAAGGUUCCAACUGUUUGGUGAAGAUUCUGAUGUCUCAGAUGUUCUUAUUGAUUUGGAGCGUUCUGGGGUUACAUGCUCUGGACCUAUGAACAGUUACACAUUGGCUUCAAAGUUAACCAUGAACUCCAGCAGACAGGUUCCUGAUUCUUCUAUUUUCAGUACCAAUAUUAAUGAAGAUGAUGACCUGGUUGAUAAUCCCUUUGCAUUUGUAAGUGUGGACCCCUCUCUACAAAAUUUCCUUUCUACUCAACCAGUUGGAACCUUGGCAGAAACUGAUCUAGGACACUGUCCCCCCAUAUCAAACAGUACCCAUACUGAGGAUUGGAUUUCUCUUAGGCUUGGCUGCAAUGGCGAGAGUAUUGGCAGUAGUGUUGGUACUAUUGCUCAGUCUGCUGUUUCAAAGGGGUUGGAUUUAAUAAAUGAUUGUAGAUCAAAUGAAGGGAUGAAUGACAAAGCCAGGUCUAACAGGAUAGACAAUAGGAAAAAGUUAAAUGGCCCUUUCUCAUUUCCUCGCCAGCCAAGGUCUGUCAGGCGACGGGGUUACUCAAUAGCUUCAGACUCAAAUUAGAUGGAAUUGAAACUUACUUUCAGGAUUCAUUGAGAAGUUGAUAUCUACAGCAUGUUAUGGGAAACUGAGAUAAUGAUGGUGACCCUAUCUUCUAUCACAAUUAUUCACUUAUCGAAGGAGAAACAAGCAUCUUUCUUUGAGUUGCAGUUGAAGCCUACUGAUUGUAUUGUUAGUUGAAAUGGCAUUCAUCUACAUCAUGCUUUCAUUGGCAGCAUGGAACAGCCCUAACAAAUGAGCAGAGAUACCUGCAACGGACCUUUGAAGCAGUAAGUAUCGGGCUUUUCUGGGAAGCUGCUACUGAGAAAAGAAACAAGGCAGGUUGAAUAUUGAUUCUCCAACGGUAAUCCUUCCACCUCAUUUAUAUAGAACUUCAUUUUGUCACUGGUUCUAUCUCAGGGACUGUUCAGUUGUCUGGAUUGUAUUAGUAGAAGAAAAUUCCUUUGAUAAUCGAUAUUUAUAUAUUUAUCUUUAUAAUUGUACAUAACAGACAGGUUUUCUGUACAGUUUGCUGUGGCUGUUUUAGAAAACAGGGAGGAAUAUUAGAUGCAUGUCCAGAUGUAAAUUGGUAAAGACUAACGUUUGAAUUUUACUCUGAUAAGUAACUAUGGAAAGUGGUCUGUUGUCUUGCUGAAAUGGUUGGUAUUGUGAUUUAGGAGUUUAUUUUCUACCUUGUGGAGAGAAAAUACCUUGUAUAGCAGAGUAUUUUAUGUUGCUCCUUUCGUAAAGUUUUUCGUAAUAUUUUCCUUA